CUUAUUACGGUAACUUACCUUCACUGUUGCUGUGCCUGUCGGUGCAGUACACAUAAAGUAUGCACCUGUUCUGAUAUUUCUGGUUUUUUUGCUUUUGUUACUAAUGUAAUCUAGGCAUUUUGUGCCCUUGAACGACAUUUUGACUGCUGUGAAAUUACAUUCUGAUUAUGUACGUUUACGUAUAUGACUAUGCAUCUUCUACCGAAGUGCUGAACUUCAUUCCGUCGUGGCAUGCACUGCCGUAUCGCUGUUGCAAAAAAAUGCAUCAUGCUGCUGCAUUUCCCGCAGAGAUAAAACUUAAUCCCUGUGUACGGAACCCUGCGGAAUGCGGAUACUGAUUUCCGCACUAAUUCCAUUUAUUUAAUGAAAUUUUAAAUAUGGAAAACCAUGGGUUGUUGGUAGAGAACGGGCACGGGGACGGUGAUAACGCCGAGAUGACGUCGACGGCGGAUCCCGAAGAACUGAAGCAUGAACGCUGGCUGGAAGCGGUGAUUAACGGGCAUCGGCUGAUCAAACUGAAGGCCGCUGGAGGGAAAGUGCAUCGGGAAUUCUCCCUGCGUCCCGAUAUGCGCACCAUCGUGUACGAUACAGCCGGACCCGCGUGCUUCACUCCGCACCGAUUAGUUGAAGUUGCCCAUGUUCGCGAAGUCCGCUCGGGCUACAGUUCGGAUACGUUUAAUUUCAACGAGAAAAAACCAGCGUUUGUUAAGAAAUACCCCGGGGAUCGCUGCUUCUGCAUUGUACUGCGGAAUAAGCGGAUUCUGAAUUUGAUUGCGGAAAAUAAAGACGUGCGGGAUAUGUGGGUGGCGGUGCUGCAGAAGCUGAUCGAUGAAAAUGCUCGCGCCAAUCGUGAUGCUAAACUCAGCGGCUGGCUUCGAAGCAAAUUCGAAAUUGCUGAUAAAAAUGCGGAUGGAUGUCUUAGUUCAGAUGAAGCAGUUCGUCUCUUGAACUCGAUGAAUAUUCAGUUCAGUCGCGAAAAAGCCUUAGGAGUUUUCCAGGCAGCUAAACCGGCACAUGUGGUUAACGGUGCACCCGUCCUGGACAUGGAGGGAUUUGAGCGGUUUUACAAUUUAAUCGCCAAACGCCCAGAAAUUGUCGAUAUUUUUGAACAAUUCAAAGCCGAUAAAGAGGCAGAUUACUGGACAGCGAAAGAUCUGCUAAAGUUUUUGCAAGAUUCGCAGCACGAAUACAUGAUAGACGAAGAAGGAUGUGAGAUGAUGAUUCGCUCUUUCGAUGUGCCCAGCGAAGAACGGGAUCUAGGCCAUUUAUCUCUUUCGGGGUUGGCAAACAUAUUGCUCAGUCCACGUUGCGCCGCUUUCGAUCCUAAUUGCAAUCUUGUACGGGACAACAUGACACACCCGAUAACGGAUUAUUUUAUCGCAUCCUCGCAUAAUAGCUACCUGGUGGGUGGACAGUUAACGGGAAAGAGCAGCAUAGAAGGAUAUAUUUACUGCUUAUUGAAAGGGUGCCGGUGCAUUGAACUCGAUUGCUGGGAUGGAAAGGAUGGCGAGCCAAUUGUUACUCACGGAGGAACACUGACGACGGACAUUCAUUUUGAAGAUGUUGUUGAAGCUGUGCGGGAUCAUGGCUUCAAAAGAUCAGAGUACCCGAUCAUUCUUUCUUUUGAAAACCAUUGCUCCGUCGCGCAGCAAGAUCGUAUGGCUUAUCAUCUGAGAAAUAUUCUGGGAGAUCGUUUAUUUACCGGGCCCAUUCGCUGCAAAGACAGAGCGUGUCCGUCGCCGGAAGAGCUGAAGGGAAAAGUGCUCAUCAAAGCCAAAAAGCUUCCAACGGAAAUAUUGCAUGACGCGGAUGUCGAUUUGGAUGAAGAAGAAAACAGCGAACACCACGACCAUGAUCAUCACAACCACCAUCAUCACCACGAUAAAGGCGAGCCGGAGAAGCCCGUAACGAAACCGAAAGAAACUCUGAAAGUUUCCAAGGCAUUAUCGGACUGCGUUUAUUUGAAAGCGGUUAAAUUUAAAGGAACAUUUUCAGCGCACGCCGAUGGAAAAUUUUUCGAAAUCAGCUCCGUAUCUGAAUCCAAAAUUCUGAAGCUGAUCAAGAAGAACCAUCUAGAAAUCAUUCAGCACACUAUGCGGCAGCUCGUUCGCAUCUAUCCUAAAGGCACCCGCAUCACGUCGACUAACUUUGAUGCCGUUCCCCUUCUGGACUCGGGUUGUCAGAUUGUGGCCAUGAAUUACCAGAAUCAUAAUCGUCCGACGCAAGCCUACCGCGCUCUCUUUCGGGACAAUGGCGGAUGUGGUUACAUACUGCAGCCGGAGUACAUGCGAACCCCGGGAUUAGAUUAUAACGCUUUCAAGAAUAUGCGUCCAGCGCUCAUGUUGUCUGUCAGGGUGAUCAGUGGACAACAGUUACCGAAACCGGUGGGAACGGCGUUGUCGGAUAUCAUUGAUCCCUAUGUUGUUGUGCAGAUUGUUGGCGCUGAAUUUGAUCAACAGAAGAAGAGCACGAAAUUUAUCAAAAAUAACGGUUUUAAUCCGGUAUGGGACACGACUGUCGAUUUGUUCAUUCGAAGUCCCGAAUUAGCUGUAUUGCGCUUUAAGGUGCGCGAUCAGGCUAAUGUGGGAAAGAAUAAACUCAUUGGGCAGCAUACAAUUGCUGUUGGAUGUUUGCAAGAAGGAUACCGUCAUGUAGAAUUGUAUACCAAGAACGAUUUGCCGUUGGAAAUGGCAUCUAUCUUUGUUGAAGUUCGUAAACUUGUUAUCGUUCCGGAAGAAAUCCGAGAAGCCUUGGAUGCGGAAUAGUCCGCGAAUAUAUACAUUAUUUUUAUCGAGCAUUAUGAUAUUUUACUGCUUAAGAGGAGCAUGAAACGAAUUUCCGGUUGCCUUUCUUGCGGUGCCUUUGCCCGGGCUUUCAUUUGGCAGCUUUUCCUGCUUGUCAGUGAUGCAAACCCCGUGUCGAUCAAAAUUGAAUCUUAGAUUUUUAUCGGUGCUGUUUUGCAGCUUGUUCUUAUCUUUUUUAAGUUUUAAAGAUUUAUAAAUGCUUUAAAUGUAUUCACGUCCUUGUGUGGUAUAUAUUAGUCUGUAGAUAUACAAAAAGUGUAAGUAUUAAAACUAUAAAAUCAU